UCGGCUGGGCGCUCUCCGUCCGGCCGCCGGCUCCUGACGUGCUGCUGCGGCCCGCGACCCCCGGCGCCGGGAGGAGGGGCUCGGCGGAGCGGCGCGUGCUGGCGGAAGGAUGGCACGGAGAAAGAAAAAAGUUAAAGAAGCCCUGGAAUCACAGAACCUGGAGAACAAGGAUGACGAAACUGCAAGUCCUGUCAAUGUCAAGAGGAAGCGAAGACUUGAGGAUGCAUUCAUUGUGAUAUCUGAUAGUGAUGGAGAGGAGCCAAAGGAGGAGAAUGGAUUACAGAAAACAAAGACAAAACAGUCGAACAGAGCAAAGCGUCUGGCUAAAAGAAAAAUUACACAGAUGACAGAAGAAGAACAGUUUGCUCUGGCUCUCAAAAUGAGUGAACAGGAAGCUAGGGAGGUGAACAACCAGGAGGAGGAAGAAGAGGAGCUUUUGAGGAAAGCCAUUGCUGAAAGCCUGAAUAGCUGCCGACCUUCUGAUGCUUCUGCUACCAGAUCUCGACCUCUGGCCACUGGACCGUCUUCACAGUCCCACCAAGAGAAAACCACAGACUCUGGGACCACUGAAGGCAUAUGGCAGCUGGUACCUCCAUCACUGUUUAAAGGCUCCCAUAAAAGUCAGGGAAACGAGUCUGAGGAAAGAGAGGAGCCUUGGGACCACACUGAAAACACUGAAGAGGAGCCGGUCUCUGGCAACUCAGGAAGUUGGGACCAGUCAAGCCAGCCAGUGUUUGAGAAUGAGAACGUUAAAUGUUUUGACAGAUGUACUGGCCACUUGGCUUCUCACACAGUGUGUGGGAAACCACAGGAAAGUACUGGGAGGGGUCGUGCUUUUCUCAAAGCUUCCCAGGGCAGGGGGGACAAAUCUAGGCACUGUCUGCCUACCCCAGAUGCCAAAGGUCUUCAGGACAUUGGGGGCAGUGUGAACUACUUCUGGGGUAUUCCAUUCUGCCCUGCUGGAGUAGACCCAAACCAAUACACCAAGGUCAUUCUCUGCCAGUUGGAAGUUUAUCAAAAAAGCCUGAAACUGGCUCAGAGGCAGCUCUUAAAAAAGAAAGAGUUUGGGGAACCAGUGUUACCUAGACCUCCUUCUCUGAUCCAGAAUGAAUGUGGCCAAGGAGAUCAGACUAGUGAAAAAAAUGAAGGCAUCUCAGAAGAUACGGGAGAAGACAAAGAGGAAAGGCAGGAAUCUAGGGCAUCUGUCUGGCACUCAAAAACCAAGGAUUUACAAGAAUGCCCAAUUAAAAGCUUGAAAGAGAAACUUUUGUUGGAGGAAGAACCAACAACCAGUCAUGGUCAGUCUUCUCAAGGGCUGUUUGUUGAAGAAACUUCUGAAGAAGGAAACUCUGUACCUGCUUCACAGAGCAUUGCUGCUUUGACCAGUAAGAGAAGCUCAGUUCUUAUGCCUGAGAGUUCUGCAGAAGAAAUCACUGUCUGUCCUGAGACACAACUGAGUUCCCCUGAAAUUCUUGACCUUGAAAGAGAAGUCUCUCCAAGUAGCAGAGACAUCCCAGAUGGAAUAAGAAUAAUGGCGGAUAAGAAGGUUGGUAACAGGGAAGAUACUGAGAAGGAAAUACCUGCUUCUACCACGUCAUCCAGUAGCCAGGUAUUAUGUCCAUUGUGUGACCAAGGCUUCCCACCGACAAAGAUUGAGCGCCAUGCCAUGUACUGCAAUGGUCUGGUGAGGCAAGAUACAGUGUUGACUCGGAGACAAAAAGAGGCCAAGAACAAAACUGACAGUGGGACAACUACUCAGACUUCCCUAAGCGUUGACAAGAAUGAGAAGUGUUACCUCUGUAAAUCCCUGGUCCCAUUCAGAGAGUAUCAGUGCCACGUGGACUCCUGUCUCCAGCUUGCAAGGGGAGACCAAGGAGAUGGGUCUGAAGGGAGUAGUAGACUGUACUCCCCUGUGGAGGGGAAGCGACAGCAGCGGCUGAGGAACCCAAAGGAAAAAGGCCACAGUGAGGGCCGACUCCUCAGUCUCUUGGAACAGUCAGAGCAUAAGACUGCAGAUGCAGAGAUAAAGACUGAGUCUUCAGAAACAGGAGCCUUCAGGGUGCCCUCUCCAGAGGUGGAAGAGGCAGGCUGCAGCAGAGCAAUGCAGAGUUCCCUCACCAAUUUUGACUUAAAUGAGACUCCCAUCAAGUCUUUUGUUUCCAUUUCAGAAGCCACAGAUUGCUUAGUGGACUUUAAAAAGCAACUUUCUGUCCGCUCAGGUAGCCGGACACGGACCAAAGCAGGCAGAGGAAGAAAGAGAAAAUCCUGAAUUUCUAGAGUUCCAAGGUUGACAAAACCAUUAGCAAUAGGGGUGGGCCAUGUUCAUGAAGCCAUAGUGGCCUCCAGUUUAUUGUUGACCAAGUUUCAGCCCUGCAGUUUUCAUCACCAGCACCUACUCAGCAUCCUGGUUUUUAUGUUUUCUAUGAUCUAUACAGACAACUGUGUGUAGUGUUCUGUUUUAUAACAAUCUUUUGAAUUUAUCUACAGUUAAAAGAAAAUUUAAAUAUA